UGACAGGAAGUGUAAAAACAGAAGCAGCACAACCUUCUCAGCGAAGAGUUGAUCCCGAUAGUAAGUCUUCUCUGUCGGUGUGUGGACACAAAGUAUGCGUUUUAAGUCCGAGCCACGGCAAAGAUGCAAUGGCGGUCACUAGUAGUCGGCCUGGUGGUGCUGCGGCUGUCUGUUAGCUUUGUGCUCUGGCUCGCCGUCGGACUGGAACAGAGCGAUAGCUUGGACGUCAAUCGCCCGAAAGCAGAGCGCCUGUCCGGGGAUGAGGGGACCACCGGCAACACGUGUGCAAGGGUCGAAGGAGAGCUCCCCAAAAUAUCCUACCUGAGCUUCUUUGACGGCCACAAGGACGACUACGUCAGGAGAUACAGCUCCUUCUCGGGAGCGCUGAAAGAAGCAAUGAAGGAAAAGGCCAAAGGCAUGUUCUACUUCGGUUAUGAUAAUUACAUGAAAUAUGCUUUCCCCAAGGACGAGCUCAACCCCAUUGACUGCGAAGGGAGAGGUCCGGACGUUCAGAACCCAUCAAACGUGAACAUAAAUGACGUCCUGGGGAACUACUCUCUAACGCUCAUCGACUCCUUAGACACCCUAGUGGUGCUCGGCAACGUGACGGAGUUCCAGAGUGCUGUCAAACUGGUGAUUGACACCGUGUCUUUUGACAAGGACUCCACUGUGCAGGUGUUUGAGGCAAACAUCAGGAUCUUAGGAAGCCUCAUCUCGGCUCACAUUCUGCUCACGGACACCAAGCAUCCGUUCGGGCGGGUGGGCUACGAGGGCUACGACAACCAGCUCCUUGAUUUGGCGCAGGAUUUGGCCGUGCGGCUGCUGCCGGCCUUCGAGAACACCAGCACCGGCAUCCCUUACCCCAGGGUAAACCUAAAGACCGGAGUCCCGUCCGGGAGCAUCAACGAGACUUGCACCGCAGGAGCUGGGUCUCUGCUUGUGGAGUUUGGAAUCCUGAGCCGCUUGACUGGAGAUUUCACCUUCGAGUCGGUCGCUCGGCGAGCUGUCAGGUCGCUUUGGAAGCUGAGGAGCAACCACACGGGACUCCUGGGCAACAUCGUGAACAUCCAAACCGGCCAGUGGGUGGGCCAGCAGAGCGGGCUCGGCGCCGGCAUGGACUCCUUCUACGAGUAUCUUCUCAAGUCGUACAUCCUCUUCGGAGAGAAGGACGACUACGUGAUGUUCCAGGCGGCCUACGCCAGCAUACAGAACCACCUGAGAAGAGGACGGGAGUCAUGCAACGAAGGAGAAGGCGACCCGCCCAUGUACGUCAACGUGAACAUGAUGAGCGGCGAGAUCAUGAACACUUGGAUAGAUUCCCUCCAGGCUUUCUUUCCUGGGCUGCAGGUCUUAAACGGCGACGUGGAAAAUGCCAUUUGCCUCCACGCCUUCUACUACGCCAUCUGGAAGCGCUUCGGAGCGCUCCCAGAGAGGUACAACUGGCAGCGGAAGGCACCCGAUGUCCUUUUUUACCCGCUCAGACCCGAGCUGGCCGAGUCCACCUAUCUGCUCUACCAGGCAACCAAGAAUCCUUUCUACCUGCACGUGGGGAUGGAUAUAAUCCAGAGCCUGGAAAGGAACACCAAAGUCAGAUGCGGCUACGCCACCCUCCAUCACGUGGUGCACAAAUCCAAAGAGGACCGCAUGGAGAGCUUCUUCCUCAGCGAGACCUGCAAGUACCUUUUCCUGCUCUUCGACGAGGACAACCCGCUCCACAAAUGGAGCAGCAAGUACAUCUUCACCACAGAGGGACACCUGAUGCCCGUGGACAAGCGCUUCCGGGAGAAGGGAUGGCGGGGCGGGGGUUCGUAUGAAAACGAAAAAGCACCCGUGGAGAUGCAGACCGAGCAGGAGCCGCCCGCCCGAAACACCAGCAACUGCAUCAGGAUCCCCGAGGCACGGCGCUACACCCUGCCCCUGAAGAGCGUCUACAUGAGGCAGAUCGAUCACAUGGUCGGACUGCUCUGAUGCGGAUCACUGAGGAUCCGGAAGGAGUUAAGAUACAUGGACCAUUUAUUUCACUGGCUGAGAUUGUUAUGUUGUUAUGCUGUGUGUGUGUGUGUGUGUGUGUGUGUGGGAGAGAGUAAAUGAGGAUAACCACGUGGUCCCGUAUGUGAACUGAUCUGGUGUGGCGUUUAGUGCCUUGGACUUUUAUGAUAAGGACACUUUGCACUCUAUGUCACUUGGAAAGCCUGCCUGCGUGUGUGUAUACAUGCAUGUAUACAUGUGUGUUUACAUGCAUGUAUACAUGCAUGUAUACAUGUGUUUACAUGCAUGUAUACAUGUUUUUACAUAUGUUUACAUGCAUGUAAACAUGUUUUUACAUGCGUUUUUACAUGUGUGUAUACACGCGUGUUUAGGCACAUCCAGCAGCCAACACAUAGCUUGUCAUAGAAGAGAAGAGAGUGGCCACUCCCGCUCUUUUUAAAGUGCCUUUUUUUAAAAAAAAGCAUCAUUUCAAUAUUGUUACAGUCCGUCCUUAUGUACACGCUCAUUCCUCCAUGUUUUUUUCCCCCCAUAUGACUGAAUGGACUGAUGAUGUAUUUUAUUUUGACGCGAUUGCACAUCUUCUGCUAAUCAUCUCAGGGUUUAAAGCAACAGGAAGUGAUGUUUAGUAUAGUCAGUCGUUGCCUACAAUGUCUUUCUUAAUGGCUCAGCUGUGUGUUGAGGAUUAAAAGUCUCUUCACACUUAAUAACUGGCUUUCUUCAGAUGUUUGCUCAUACGUGGGUUUCUAUCUGGAUCCCGAUUUGGUCCAGUUCUGAGUUCACAAAGCUUGUCGGUCAAUUGUCAAUGCCUCUACUGUUACAGUGUCGCCGCCGUGGGACUCACACGUACACAGCAAUGAGUUGAAUGCUGCCCUCUACUGAUUUGGAAGUGUAUUACAUGCUUACGCCACAAAU